GAGUUGUGAGAUGAAAUUUAAUAUUUACUCAUACUCUUAUUCUUAUCUCAUCUCGUGAACACACAUGUAACAUCAUUUUCAAUUAGGUAAUGUAAUGUAACAUCUACCAUUCAUUACAUUUUUGUCACAUAUCAUACUAUACUAUAUCCUUACCUUAACAAAAAAAUAGAAGAAACCACUCAUAACAAACAACAAAACAUAGCAACAGAAAAUUCAACCUCAAACAACAAGAAUGAAGAAAACUUUUCAUCACUUUAACUUGACACUUUUCACAACUUUCCUGAUCUCACUUACAUGUUUUGCAAACAACGAUGUAACGGUUCAGUUAAACGACGAUGUCCUCGGCUUAAUGGUAUUCAAAUCAGACCUAUAUGACCCUUCAUCAUAUCUCUCAUCAUGGAAUGAAGAUGAUGUGAAUCCAUGUUCAUGGCAAUAUGUUAAAUGCAAUCCACAAACUCAAACAGUUUCUGAACUUUCUUUAGAUGGUUUAGGCUUAUCAGGUAAAAUAGGAAGAGGUCUUGAAAAAUUACAACAUUUAGUAACACUUUCACUUUCUCAUAACAAUUUUAGUGGCACUAUUAGUCCUUUAGUAACACUUUCAAACACUCUUCAAAAACUUAACCUUAGUCAUAACUCAUUUUCUGGUCAAUUACCUAACUCUUUCAUCAACAUGACUUCAAUGAGAUUCAUCGAUCUAUCGUACAAUUCAUUCUCCGGACAACUGUUCGAAUCUUUUUUCGAUAAUUGUUUCUUCCUUCGUAGCGUUUCGUUCGCUAUGAAUUCAUUUGAAGGACAAAUUCCUAUGUCAUUAUUAUCUAAAUGUUCUUUGUUGAAUAGUAUUAAUCUUUCAAAUAAUCACUUUAGUGGAUAUGUUGAUUUUUCUAGUGUUUGGUCAUUGACUAGGCUUAGAAACUUAGAUCUAUCAAACAAUGCUUUAUCUGGUAAUUUGGUUAAUGGAAUUUCAACUUUGCAUAAUUUGAAAGAGUUAAUGUUACAAAAUAAUCAGUUUUCAGGUUCAUUACCAAAUGAUAUUGGAUUUUGUCUUCAUUUGAUUAAGGUUGAUUUUAGUACUAAUCAGUUUAGUGGUGAAUUACCUCAAUCAUUGGGGAGAUUAAACUCUUUAAGCUAUUUAAGAGUUUCAAAUAAUCUCUUAUCUGGUGAAUUUCCUCAAUGGAUUGGUAACUUAACAAGUUUGGAACAUUUGGACUUAUCUAAUAAUCAAUUCUAUGGAAACAUUCCUUUGUCAUUGGUUUCAUGCACAAUGUUAUCUAAGAUUUAUCUUAGAGGGAAUAGUUUCAAUGGUACUCUACCUGAGGGAUUGUUUGGAUUAGGAUUAGAGGAAAUGGAUUUUUCUCAUAAUCAAUUAAUAGGUUCAAUUCCAGCAGGGUCAAAUAGGCUAUUAGAAACUCUUACAAAGUUGGAUCUUUCAGUUAAUCAUCUUCAAGGGAAUAUUCCUGCAGAAAUUGGUCUACUUUCGAAGUUGAGAUACUUGAAUUUGUCUUGGAAUGAUCUUCAUUCUCAGAUUCCACCUGAAUUUGGUCUACUUCAAAAUCUAAUGGUUUUGGAUCUUCGUAAUAGCGCCAUGUUUGGUUCGAUUCCGGAAGAUACAUGUGAUUCAGGAAAUUUGGCUGUUCUUCAACUUGAUGGAAAUUAUUUGAAGGGAUCUAUUCCAGAAGAGAUUGGGAAUUGUUCAUCUCUUUACUUGUUGAGUUUGUCAAACAAUAAUUUGACAGGUCCAAUUCCAAAAUCAAUGUCAAAGCUAAAUAAGCUCAAAAUCCUCAAGUUAGAAUUCAAUGAGCUUAGUGGAGAACUACCAAUGGAGUUAGGAAAGCUUCAAAAUCUUCUUGCUGUGAACAUAUCACAUAACAGCCUCACCGGAAGGCUUCCAAUGGGUAGCAUAUUUCAAAACUUAGACAAAAGUUCUUUGGAAGGAAACUAUGGUCUUUGUUCACCCUUGCUUCAAGGUCCAUGCAAAAUGAAUGUACCAAAACCUAUAGUUCUUGAUCCACAUGGCUUUGAUAACCAAAUGAAUCCUCAAAGACCGGGAACUGAAUCACCCGAGUCUAGUAGUCCAAGUCAUCAUCACAGGUUCCUUAGUAUUUCGGCUAUUAUAGCAAUUGCAGCUUCUUUUCUUAUUGUAUUAGGAGUUAUUGCUAUUAGUUUAGUUAAUGCUUCUGUAAGGAGAAAGCUCGCAUUUGUGGAAAGUGCUUUGGAAAGUAUGUGUUCAAGCUCUUCGAGAUCAGGAGCACCGGCUACAGGUAAACUCAUUCUGUUUGAUUCACAAUCUUCACAAGAUUGGAUCAGUAAUCCGGAAAACUUGCUCAACAAGGCAUCUGAAAUUGGUGAAGGAGUUUUCGGAACAGUUUACAAAGUUCCUUUAGGAUCACAUCAAGGAAGAAAUGUUGCAGUCAAGAAGCUUAUCACUUCUAACAUACUUCAAUUUCCGGAAGACUUCGACAGGGAAGUUAGAAUUCUAGGUAAAGCUAGACACCAGAAUUUGAUAGCAUUGAAAGGUUACUAUUGGACUCCUCAAUUACAGCUUUUAGUAUCUGAAUUUGCACCUAAUGGUAACUUGCAAUCCAAGUUACACGAAAAGCUUCCUUCAAGUCCUUCACUUUCUUGGCCUAAUAGAUUCAAGAUUUUACUUGGAACAGCAAAGGGACUUGCACAUUUGCAUCAUUCGUUCCGACCACCAAUCAUUCACUACAACAUAAAACCAAGCAACAUCUUACUCGAUGAAAACUUCAACCCUAAGAUAUCCGAUUUCGGGUUAGCCCGGCUUUUAACAAAGCUAGACAAGCACGUGAUGAGUAACAGGUUUCAAAGUGCAUUAGGUUAUGUAGCGCCCGAAUUAGCUUGUCAAAGCUUAAGGGUCAAUGAGAAAUGUGAUGUCUAUGGUUUCGGUGUGAUGAUACUCGAGUUGGUGACAGGUAGAAGACCAGUGGAGUAUGGUGAAGAUAAUGUGUUGAUAUUGAAUGAUCAUGUAAGGGUUUUGCUUGAACAUGGUAAUGUUUUGGAGUGUGUUGAUCCAAGUUUGAUGAAUGAAUUUCCCGAGGAUGAGGUUUUGCCCGUCUUGAAGCUUGCAAUGGUGUGUACUUCUCAAAUACCAUCUAGUAGACCUACUAUGGCUGAAGUUGUGCAAAUAUUGCAGGUCAUUAAAACUCCUGUUCCUCAAAGGAUGGAAGUGUUUUGAUGAGAUUAAUAUGCUUCAAUGGUUUUAGCUUUUAAAUUGCAGUUGCAGUAGUGGAUGCAGUUAUGCUGUGAACCUUUAUAUUGCAGUAAAAUGCGGUCAAUGUGGUCACAAUUGAGGAGAUCUAAACAAUUGUUAUAUUGCGUCCGCAAUUGCAGUUGCAAACCGUAAUUUAGAACUAUUGCUUCGAGUACAUAGUCUUCUUUAGCAUCAAGAUUUUAUCGGUUUUUAUUUUCAAUUUUUUCUUUCAUGUUGUUGUGUAUCCUUUUUAACUCUCCUGUAUAAUUUGGGUUAUGUGGACUCUUAGUUCAUUGAGUAUAAGCAAGUCUUUCUCACCAUUAUAUAAAUAUGUAGCUGUGAUUUUAUCUUUUUA